AUGCUCUACUCACAAUAUGUACUUCCCCUCCUUUGCCUCCAUGGCACCUUGGCCGCUGCAGAGUUUCUAAUAGGGACGUAUCCUCCCCCCCUCGACCUAAGCAGUAACAAAAGUCUGAUCUCUCAGAGUUGGAAAAACCUGAGUGCCAACUUCGACGCAUAUCUCAAAGAGAAGAAGACCGCCGGCCUCGAGGCUUUCGCCGGCGUUGAGAAUGUCACUUUCUCUCUUGGCUUGUUUUCACUACAUGACCCCACCGCCAGCAAGCUCCAAUACCACUAUGCUUCCCCAGAGACAGUCAACGCCGUCAACGGCACCAAUGAAGUCGACGGAGACAGCAUCUACCGAAUGGCCAGUGUCACCAAGCUCAUCACAGUCUUCGCCGGGAUGCUCGAGAUGAGUGAAGCCCAAUGGAACACCCCUCUGAGUGAGGUUUUCCCUGAACUUGGAGAGUUUGCUCGCGCCAACGAAGGCAAAGCAGACCCUAUUGCAACAAUUCGGUGGGACGAAGUCACUGCCUGGUCUCUUGCCAAUCAACAGUCAGGUUUUCCAGCCGGAGGGAUUGCGGGGCUCGACCUGCUUGGGCUUGGUAUCCAGGCAGGAACGCCUAAUGCCUUACCAGAUGCCUAUGGGUUCAAACCGACCGACAUCAGUACACUGGGCCCAUGCUGGACGAGUUCAGAUACAAGCGGAUGUACUGUCGAGGAACUUCUCAAAGAGGCAAGUUCUUUGCCGCCGAGCUUCCUCCCUUGGACGAGCCCCAGUUACACCAAUACUGGAUUCAUGAUGCUUGGGAUAGCAAUAUCUGGCAUAUUGGGCAAGCCUAUCGACGACAUUUACAUCAACUCGGUCUUCCAACCCCUGGGAAUGACCUCCUCACGAUCGAGCAAUAUUCCGCCGGCUAAUCAAGACGAGAUCGACCGUUCUGUGGUUGUUGGUGAUCCCACUCUCUGGUUUACCCCUGGGGGGCCUACCACUCCUUCCGGUGGCCUGCUAAGCACCAUCAAUGAUCUUUCCAGGUUCGGCGUCAACCUCCUCAACUCAACCCUCUUGCCCCAAGCAGCGACACACAAAUGGAUGAAACCCACCACGUUCACACCCAGUCUCAACUACGCCGUCGGCGCUCCGUGGGAGAUCUACCGCUACAUCCAUCCAUCGACAGGAAAGAUCACGGAUCUUUACACCAAGCUUGGCGACUCUGGACCAUACGGUGGGCUCCUCGCCCUGAUUCCCGAAUACAACGCCGGGUUUUCGAUGCUCAACGGCGCCGCCAACGAAACACUACGAAGCUCUGCCUCACUCGUCGUCCUCGACGCUGUCGCUGAAGUGAUCCUCCCGGCCCUCGAAGCACAAGCGGCGGCCGAAGCAGCCCGCAACUUCGUCGGCACCUACGUUUCGACCGAUCCCCAAAUCAACUCCUCCGUGACCGUGUCCUUCAACAAAUCCACCGUGGCAGGCAGCAUGUCGGGGCUGAGCCUCUCGGGCUGGACCUCCAACAGCACCGACUCUCUGGCGUUCUUCGGUCCCGAGGUUGUCCCAAGACUUCUACCAACAAUCCCCCAUUAUUCCGAAGACGGUCCCGGCCAAAUCGCUUUGAAAGCCUCGACAAACCCCCAGCUGAGCACGUACGCGGCGGCAAUCGAGCAGGGCAUCGGGCCCUUCACAGGCUUCUACUCCACUAACGGAGACUGGCUUACGGGCGAUUCCAUCGGGACCUAUUAUAGUGGCCGUCCGGUGACCAGAUUCGUCUUCGACGUCGAUGCAGACGGUAAAGCCAUCGCCGUGACACCCGGGGCCACUGAGAUGAAGCUGGAGAGGAAGGCAGACAAGUGA